CACACAGCAGCACCCUCCUGCCUUCCUGGUAUGUCCCGCAGUGGUUCAAAGCUCCAAGCCUGGUCCUUCAGAAAUGAAGGAAGAAGAGAGAUCAGAGGUUGUUACAAGACAUGCGUGUACCUGCACUGUCCAGAAGUACUUGGUUGUCCUUGGGAUCUUUAGUUUGCUGAUGGGAACAGGCAUUGGAGCUUGGUUUCUGGUAAAACCUUUGCUGAGUCCCAUCCGCCUUCAGCAGUCGGUGUCCUUCCAGGAUUCAGUGGCUCUUCAAACAAGGUGCAAAAAUGUGACAGUGGAAGAGGAGCAAGACCCCAAAAUCCCCUUUGGAAAUGCCAAUGGAAAGAAAGUAUUUUUCAGAACAAACCGGAGCAACUUCUUGCUGGAGGUGGAAGUGGAGGGUCGAUCCAACCGUCUGCUGCUGUGCCACGAAAACUGGGACAGCUCCCUGGGGAGCACCAUCUGCAAACAAAUGGGCCACAUCCAACUCACCCACCACAAAGGGGUGAACCUCACUGAUGUGAAGGUGGACCCCAACCAAGAGUUUCUGCAAGUGUCACCCAACUGGCAGGAGAAUGCCAAAGAGAGAUGGCACAUCAGGAGAAAAUGCUCUUCAGGUCGGAUUGUGGCCCUUAAAUGUUCCGAGUGUGGCACCACUUAUUCAAAGAUGCCAGAGAUAUCAGAAGGAAAGGACGUCUCUUUGAGUCACUGGCCAUGGCAGGUUGGCCUCUAUCUCAACGGCAAACGCAUCUGUGCAGGUGCUUUGUUGUCUCGGGAAUGGAUCGUCAGUGCUGCCCAUUGCAUGGACAGUCCUUUUCAGCUUUCCAGUUGGGUGGCUUUGGUAGGACUUGAUGCCCACGCCAGCAUCAAAGAAGACACAGGAGCAGCAAUGGAAAAAAUGGUGCUUCACCCCAGCUAUAGCCAUGGAAGCCAUGACUAUGACAUUGCAAUGCUGAAGCUUAAGGAGCCCCUGAGUUUCUCAGACACCAUCCAGGCUGUUUGUCUGCCCCAGUAUCACCAGGACAUCCCCAACAGCAGCUCAUGCUGGAUCUCAGGUCAGGACUACCCAAGACCAGAGAAUGCCACAUUUUUCGUCGCCAAGACGUGGGCAGCAGUGCCAGUGGUUCUGAACAAGCCAAAAAACUGCAAUGGUUCAUGCAGGCAUGUGGGAAAGAUCACCCCCCGGAUGCUGUGUGCCCAUUAUUUGGAUGGAAGCAUCAAUGCCUGCAAGAGCGAGAAUGGUGGCGCCCUGGUUUGUCAGAACAGGGACACACAACAUUUAAUGGGAAUCAGGAGCUGGGAUACUGGGUGCAAGGAACCAGACCAACCUGGUGUUUAUACAAAUGUGGUGGAACUCCUGGACUGGAUCCAUGAUGUCAUGGAGGCGAAUGAGUUGUAACAGGUGGACAACCAGGUUGGUAGAGAUGCUUUUGGGCUCUUCAGAGAUUGCCAACGAUAAUACACAACAACAACAGAAGCGGAACGAUCUCUGAAAGAAGACUUCCAGUCCCAAGACACAAAACCAUGGCCCCCAUGGAUCUUAGAGAAGUUCUUCAUAUGGCAAAAGCACAUACUGGACUAUUCAGAGGACCUUUAUUUUUUUUAGCAAUCCACCAUAUCUGUAGUGCAUAUUAAUCUAGCACAUUUCAAAUGUUGUUACCAUGGCAUGCACUCAAGACUUUUAAAUGGAAAGUCUCACCUACCCUAUUUUGCUUCCUCAUUCCUGGACAGCACCUGUCUUUGCUAGAC